UGUGUUAAUGUUGAUUGAAUAUGCUGCUCUAUUAGACUAAUGUUAGCAGGCUGUAUGGGCCUGAUGUUAAUCCAAGGUAACAGAAUGGAGCUGGAGCGUGGCUUAGUAUCUCUGAACUUAUGGAUAUUAGAGAACAGAAAAGUGAUUAGAGUGGCGGGAGACCACUUAGAGAAACAUACGCUUUCAGGUCGGGGUGAGAUUUCCAAUCACACCGGGUACCGUCCACAUUACUGCUAUUAAUGAUGCAAGCAGCUUACCGCCAGGACCGGGGAGGUUAUGAGAUUUAGUUGAUAGCAGACAGUGAUGUCAUUUUGGUUCAGUCCAGUUUGGUCAGGCGCUCAUUUCCAAAUACCCAUCAUCCUGAAAUGUCGGGGCCUUCACUUGUCGGUUUGUAAUUAUCGAUCAUCUAUUCUGUCGUCUUUAAGGUUUGUAGUGUUGUAAUUGACUGCACAACAUCGCUGAUGGUCUUUGUGAUGCCGGAAAAAACAAGAGAUGAAACAACAUUAAACUGAUUUUAAUUUGAAAAACUGGCAGCAGUGAAGGCCUAUCCCCAUCAAACAUCUUACAACCCAAACAAAUUUACCUCACAGCAAUGUAAUAGAAAUAAAUGUUCACUUACUUGUUUUUUUUCCCAUCACCCAACCAGGUAACAGUUUUAACAGACCACCCAUUGAAAUAAAAUACUAUUAGUUAUCUAAGUAUAUAGAGUCAUGAGGAUUUUUAAAUAAGCCUAUAUGGACCCACUUUUUUCCUUCCUUCAUGGUUCAGCAGGAGAUCGAUCUGUUUAAUGUGUCUCUGUCUAUCUGGAGAUUUCUGGACCACACUAAGUCUGAAACCUGAGCUAAAAUAAAAUAAUGUCAAUCCUGACAUUUCUUUUGUUAAUGAUGCCAUUUUUGGUCAGCUUGUACCGAUUUGAAUUUACUGUCUGAUAUUUCUUCAUCAGUUCCACUCAUUUUCUUGUGGCCUUUCAUCUCUUCUAGAGCCCUAGAAAAGGCAGGUAAGUGGCCCUUCAUUUUUUAAAUUACUUCUUUCAUUUUGGAAAACCAUCUAUUUCCUGCUUUAUUAAAUAGUUAACAUUAGAAAGGCAGCUAGAAAAGUCUAAAUGUGUCCGGCUUGUGUACAAAGGAAGGAAGACAAAUCUUCUGUUUGAUUGACAGUGCUGCCAUGACAACCCUGCAUCAGUUCCAGGGUGUCCAAUGAGGAGUCAGAGUCAAAGUCCCUCCCUGACUCCCAGGUGAGCUAAAGAGUCAGACUUCAGCAGAUUUCUGUCACACUGUUUCCGAAACUCACUUCGUUUGCCCUCGGGCUCCACUCAGUUGUCCAGAUGGUUUUCAGAUCGCCACUCGACUUUUUCUCAGCCUCCCGUCUCCUCUUGCCGCACUUGGCGGAUGCGCCCUCUAUCCUGUCCCGCUCCCGGUCCCCGGAGGACCCUCCCUCCGCCUGCCCUCCCACGACUUUCCCGGGACUGUGCUUCUCGGCCGCACAGAUCGCCGCCGUGUGUGAGACUCUGGAGGAGACCGGAGACAUCGAGCGACUGGCCCGCUUCCUCUGGUCGCUCCCGAUGACCACAGACGGCCGCGACUCAAUCUCUGAGCACGAGUCCGUGCAGCGGGCUCGCGCCGUGGUGGCCUACCACACCGGGAGUUUCCGCGAGCUGUAUCACAUCCUGGAGACGCACCGCUUUACGCGUGCCUCGCACGGUAAACUGCAGGCGAUGUGGCUCGAAGCUCACUACCGGGAGGCAGAGAAGCUGCGGGGGCGGGCGCUCGGACCGGUGGACAAGUACCGCGUGAGGAAGAAGUUCCCGUUACCAAGGACCAUCUGGGACGGAGAGCAGAAGACGCACUGUUUCAAGGAGCGCACGCGGGGGCUGCUGAGAGAGUGGUACCUGCAGGACCCGUACCCGAACCCCGGGAAGAAGCGGGAGCUGGCGCACGCCACCGGGCUGACACCGACUCAGGUUGGGAACUGGUUCAAAAACCGGAGACAGAGAGACCGGGCGGCAGCAGCCAAGAACAGGUUGCAGCACCACCGGAUGUGUCCUGACGGUGCACGUGCACUUAGUGGAGGAGAGUGCAGUCCAGACGGGAGUGCAGAGCGCGCGGAUGGACAAACUCUUCUCUCAGUAACGGACAGUGACUCUGACUUGGAUGUGUGAGACUCUCAUCUAUGAAAUGGACCUUUAGAGGCCUGUGAUGGUCCGCUGUGGAUUACCGGAGAGAGGCGCAUGAUAUACGGUCAGGGUUUGGGUUGCAAUAAACUUUCAGGGCAUAAAACAGUUUUCAUCAUAGAUAUAACCCCAGAUCAUGUAAACGCAGGUUACGUGGAUAUUUGGUCUUUUUCUUUUGUUUCCUGAGAUUAUAAGAGAUAAUAUAAAAGAUUUAUGAUUUCCGUUUCCUGCAUUCUGGUGAUUUCCAGCCGCACCUCAGACCCACAGUUUUUUCUUUCCAACCACAUCACUGGAUGGUGACAGUGCACAUGUGUUGACCCAGCUUGCACCAUCGACCUAAUUAAACAUACAAAAAGCUGUGGACCCUGUUGGACUUUCACUCAGGGACCCCCACAUAAUAAUUUUCUCUUAUUUUAAUGGAACUAGUUGUUUUUUUAGAAACCCCUGAAGGACCCCUGGAUUACCACUGCUUUAGACAAUCAAUACACACUGAAGGCUACCUCCCUGUCUGUUUGUUUGUAAGUUCAUGAUUUUUUUUGUUUUUUUUUGUUUGUUUCUUUACCUCCAUUUCUACUUUAUUUAAAGUUCCCAGAGUUCACUGUUCAGUCUGUGUGUGAUGAUACAUCAUACUUUAUG